UUUCCGUAGCCGACUUAUUAAAACCCAAACACAAGAUAGGAGCUCAUAAUAAUCAAGCUGAAGUUUCUGUAACUGAUCUAUUAAAAUAUAAGAGAGUAGCAAAUGAAACUUCUCUAGCUGAUCUAUUAAAACAUAAGAAGAUGGCAAAUGAAGCUUCUCUAUUAAAACCUAAACAUAAAAAAAAGGCAGGCAAAACUUCUGUAGCUAGUUUAUUAAAAUCUAAACACAAAAAAAUGGAUGAUAAACUUUCUGUAACUGAUCUACUAAAAAAGCUUAAUAAGUGGUGUGUGUAUAUAUGUAAUUGUAAUCAAUGCAAUGGUGUAGAAGUUGAUCCCCAUACUCAAAAAGCUCAUGCAGAAGAUAAAUGUUUGUGGAGUUCAAGCUAUAUUAAUAACGAUAAUGAUCAUACUAUGCCUUACGAUGAUAGUGGGUCUUAUGAUAAUAUCGAUAUUGCACCUUAUGAUAAUGCAAUUCAUACUAUUAACGAAAAUGCAGAUAAUAGUAAUAAUAAACCAGGCAGUGAAGAUGAAUCAAUUUCCGAUAAUUUUUCUGAAGAUGAAGAUUGGGAACUAGAACAAGAUAUAGUUCAAAACGAAGAAUUAUUUAAAUCACCUGAAAUUGAUAAUGACGAAUCUUUUAUUAUAAAUGAUUUAAAUGAUUCUUUGGAUACAGAGAUUAUAUU